AUGGUACAACCGGCGGUUUGUCAGGACUGUAUGGCCAAAUCAACCAGCAGGUUGAUGGGCCAGAAAGGGGGGCCCUCAUCUCAUGACUUGAAUGAGGCCAAGCCAAAUGGCUGCAAGCGCCUUAGGCGAACCCAAGAAGUGGCGUUGCAGCAAAUCACUGCUGGGGGUCGGAACACGAGAGUGGACGAAAGCAGAUCUGCUGUGCAUUGUGAGCGAUGA